AUCACGUUGUCGAUAUUUUGUGGGAUAGGCGAGGAAUUGUCUAAAUAUAACGGCGUUGCUGCUUGCUAAUGUGUGUAUUAAGCUUUGCUUGAGUUAUCCGCUCGUCUCAUGCUCUCCUCCUGGUGGUGUCGUGUUCGGUUCGGUUGACAUGACUAUGGAAGAUCCGUUCUACGUGGUCAAAGAUGAGGUGUUCAAGGCACUAAACAAGACACGAGGCCUGUACCUACGCUGGCAGGAGAUUUCCAAGGCCCCCGUGGCCCCCAACAGUCCCGAGGUUGAAUGGACCUCCACGGAGCUGAGGAACGCGCUGCGCAGCAUCGAGUGGGACUUGGAGGACCUUGAAGAUACAAUUAGUAUCGUCGAAAAGAACUCGUCGAAGUUCAAGAUCGACAACAAGGAGAUUAGUGACCGGCGGACGUUCAUUGAAGCCACUAAGCAGGAGGUGAAGGUAAGAUACCGCAAGAUGAGCCUGAACAGGAACCGCGACGCGGACGGCACGGCGCGCGAGCCGCUGCUCGGCGAGGAGAGCCCCAUGCACUUCGGCAACACAUGGACCUCCACGCACAAGUACUCCAAGUACUCGAAGCUGGCCAGCCAGACCGACAGGUUAGUCUCUCUUUCUAACACUCGCCGGGUAAUGAAAGGCAAGAUGAGCCUGAACAGGAACCGCGACGCGGACGGCACGGCGCGCGAGCCGCUGCUCGGCGAGGAGAGCCCCAUGCACUUCGGCAACACGUGGACCUCCACGCCCAAGUACUCCAAGUACUCGAAGCUGGCCAGCCAGACCGACAGCCCGAACAGAUUCGACGCAUACGACAACGAUAUAAUGUCGAUGCAGGAGAAGAUGCUGGUGAACCAAGACGAGCAGAUGCAGGUGAUCAGCAACUCGGUCGGCACUCUCAAGACCGUGUCCAAGCAGAUCGGCAUAGAACUCGACGAGCAGGCCGGUAUGCUUGACGACCUCAACACAGAGCUCGAAAAUGCCGACUCCAAGUUAGACUCCACUAUUAAGAAAGUCGCGAAGGUGCUCCACAUGAAUAAUGACCGACGUCAAUGGCUGGCAAUCGGCAUACUCCUCGGUCUAUUAGUCGUAAUCCUAAUAUUGUUUGUUAUAAUCUGAGCUCACUGCGACGCGGGUUGCCGUCCAGCACUCUGAUACGGACAUAGGGUGCCAAUUCAUCUUCGAAUACAGUGAAACGACGCUAUACUUGUGGUUGGAAAUGAGAAUUAUCUGUUUUUCGAUGAUAAAUUUUUACUGUCCUAGCAAAAAUCUAUGAAAUUUAGUAAGGAUCUUGGGAAUCUGUUCAGGGCUAUCCGACCCAAAUUUUAUAGACCGCGAGCCGGGAACAGAUUUCCAUGACCAAUGGCCUCCCGUGCGGUAAGUCGUAUAGUGGUUAACGGCUGUGUAUGUAUGAUGAAUCCCCGUGGACGACAGCUGCCGCUCCGUUGGUGGGUCGAGGAAUGGCAGUCACCGAAAAACGUAAAAAUAUAGUCAUCGCCUCCCGUUUGAUACUUUGUCAGAUGACAGUUUAGAUGCUAUGAUAUAUGCUCCUGGUCCGCGGUCUAUUACGAUUAUUUGUCAACACCACAAAAAUUUAUCAUCGAAAAACAGAGAAUUCUCUUGUCCAACCACAGUAUGGCGUCGUUCCACAGUGCGCCCUCUGUACUUAGCAUUUCAUAAAGUAAUCCCACUUCUGAACUCGAUGCUUCUGUUGCAUGUAAGUAUCUUGUGAAUACCGUAGCCUGAAUAUGUUAAUAGUGGAGAGUAGCGCCAUUGUUGUAUUUAAAUUUACAAUGCACCGUUUAUAUUGAUAGUUAACGUUUCUUGUGUUAAGGAUUUUAUUAAAUGAUUUUAUGUCAAACAAUGAAAUUAAUUCAAUGAAAAAUCGAUUUUAAAUACUUAAUAUUACCUAAAUAAAAUAUUAAAAUUACUAGGGUAAACAAUACUAUUAUUGGGCCCCUCCAUUGAUUGGUCCAUUCAACUUUAUUUAAAGGUAACAGCUUAUCAUUGGGUACCUACUUUUCCCUAUUUGAUUAUUGAUCUGCACGAACUUGUAACGUGUUAAGCUCAAUUAGCUUUUGGUGCGUUUGAUGAGGGUUUUUCUUAUUUUUAAAUAGGUCACCUAAAAAACGAUAGCCAAAGACCUUAGAGACGUCUUGGCUGUCAUUUUCUGUACAAAACAGUCAUUUUUGCGGUGUGUAAUGUAGCGCUAUUUGUACACGAUUUGUACGUAACGUACAAAUACCCAUGUCAGAUAAACGUCAGUCGAUACAAAAGUUUGCACAAUUGUGCAAGGUUUUCGGCAGAGGGAUAAGCUCUUAAAGGCGACUCCGGUUAUUAAAUGCUCUAAGCCAAAUACCAAAUGUUACGUAACCAAAAAAAAUUUGGAACUACUAUCAUUUUGAGCUUCGGUUUUGUAGCCUGAGAUUAAGGCUCGGUUGCAACAAACCGUCUGUCACCGUUAAUGGGAAGUUUCAUAGAUCUCUGCUGCGUGACGUUAAUCAGUCUGUUAACUGUGGUUGGUGCAACUGGCCCUUAUAUUUUAAAGUAUAAUAGCACUUUAGCUACUAAGAGCAAAAGCACAUAUGGGAGGUGGGCGUUUUCAGAAAUAAAUAUCGAAAACCCGAUUCUCACAGAUCCCGGUGUUUUUGGGUUCUUUCAACUCAGAAUCACUAGGAUAUUCAAUUCUGAUGAUAAAAUAAAAUCCCAAAAAUUUGUAUGAAAAUUGUACAUUCCACUACGUCACGCACAUACAAGUGAAAAAAAUUUUCAUACUAAAACGUGACGUAAUGGAAUGGACAUUUUGGGACAUCUUUUUUUAAUGGUGAGAUGGAGAAUGCUGUCGAUUCUGAGUAGAAUGAGCCCAAGAAUGUCCAGAUGUGAAAGAAUAAGGUUUUCAAUAUUUAUUUCUGAAAACGCCAAGGUGCCCUUCCAGUAGCCCCUAAUAGCCCUUUGAAGGGCACGCCUAUCGUGUGCGGCGCCUCAUUGUCAAGUCGUAAGGCACAAAGGUAGAUAUUUGCUGUAACCGCGCGAGUCACUUGACGUUUUUGGCGGACGGUGUUAAUCGUUUUCAUAUGUUUGCUGUGUGCUAUUAAAACUACAGUUCCACGUAUAAACGGUGACGAGUCUUGUAAAUUUAUGUAUAAAACGUAAAUCAGUAAUAGUAUUUUUGUAACAUUCCCUAAUAUUAUGACCCAUAUAGUUAUAGUUAACGCACAUGUAUUAAAUGCGUUCUAAAUAUCACUAACAUUCGGUGAGUUAAAUAGCUGUCUAAUAGAAAGUGUACUGAAAAGAUGACUUAGAUAGAUGUAUCUUAUGAGAACAUAGGUACACAUGAGAAAUGUGUUAGUACGAUAUCGCUAUAACUUAUUGAGCGAAAUCUAUAGGUCUCUUAUACAAUAAGGUAAAGUGAAAAGGUACUGAAACGAAAAUGAAUUAUGCGUAGUUUUGUAAUGGUUGAAAAAGGAAUGUAACUAUUAAGAGUUCAAAUAGUCCAAGCAUACAUAGUUUUACGAUGAAAUGACUCAAACUAAUUUUAAUGUGACUGUAUUAUACGUAUCUUGUUUCUAUAGUAAUCUUCUCACUUCCUACUGACGUAGACAUAAUUUAUUGUAAGUCUAGCGAGAAAUACUGGCAGUGAUAUUACCACAAUAGAUAUAAAUGUUUUUUUUUUUAAUAUUUUCACCUUAUGUCAAAAAUCUCAUUAUCUUAUCUAUUCAGCUAACUUGACAUAUGGCAACCUUUUAUGUGUUUCCAAAUUGAUCGUGGUAAAGUGUUUUCGUUUGAUUCUAUUCUUUACUUAUAGACCGGGGCAUUGCAAUAAAGCAAAACUCUUAUAGAUACCUACAAUAUGAAUAUUAAGGGGAUCAUAAUUAUGUAGACAAUUGUACACAACAGUUAUUUAAUGUACUUGUGAUUGUGUUGACAAGGAAUGUAAAUAUAUUUUUUAGCAUGUCUUGUUUUGUCACAAUUUUCGCUGUGUCGUAUGCAACGUAUUGAAGUUUUUUUUUUAUAAUACAGUUACUAACUACUGCUACUGACAACCUCAGACACUCUUACCCUACAUGAUUUAUUUCAGAAUUCGUUAACUUUAUCAUGUGAAGGCUCACGGUCCUACCUAUAGGACUUAUUACGUUCGAUGAAAUUUAAAUCAUUUUCAAUUGGAACAGAGUUGAUUUUGUUUUAUUCAGUUCAUUUUUCAAACAAAACAAAAUCAACUCUCUUCCCUAGCUCCAAAUUCUUCUGACAAUUUUUUUUUCUUGUAUAGCUGGGCUUUAGGAGGAUAUCAUUUAAACUGGACCUCUUAACAUAACUCGUUACAUUAUAAACAAAUACUUAAUAAUACAAGCGUUUUGUCCUAAACAUACUUAUACUAUGAAUUAUGAUGAUACAAGUUAAGAAAGUUGAAACCAUUCACAUUGGUGAAUAUACUAGUACCCGUACCAUGAGUCACUGACGGUGUCAAAACUGACAUAUACGGAUACUAUAGCACUGCCCCUGCAUACAAACUUUAAUGUAAUGUUGGUGUGAUGGUACCGCUAGUGACUGUACGUAUUAAUUUCCACCCUAUUUCUAUUAGCUUACGGUUACUUUUCAAUCGCAACCUUUACUGAGUUCGUUGCCCUAGGAUGUUGGUGUUUCAUGAUUCACAAAUUAGUUGUUAAGUGGUUAUUUAUUUCUCAUUUCGUCAGGUGACAAGCAAAAGUUACUAAUUACUAAAAAAAAAAUUAAACAAAAAUCGACCUUCUUUUAGUACUAAUAUGGUUCACUAUGGCUAUGAACUUGUGGUGGUAAUUAGUAAGUUUUGCUUGUGACCUGACAUUUUAUACAUUCACAUGGUGGAUUAGGUGUCUAAACGUUAGAUUAACAUUUAUUCAGGAUGAUUUAGGAGACGCGAUUAGAAAUCUACUUUUUCUAUUGUAAUAAAAUCGGUAUGUCAGUAUAAAAGGAACUAUGUUUCUAAAUAUAAAGCUAAAUCAUGGUCGCCCGGUAAAUUAUAACAGAUAUGGUGUUUGCUCUACAUAUAGGGUAACCAAAAUUUUGCGAAAUAUUUUUUUUAACAAUAAUGAUGCACCGUAAAAUAUAUUCCAAUAUCUCCCAACUAUGGUCUAAAACUGACUGAUACUAUUUGAAUUAUUUAGUUCUGAGGCAACAUUAGUUUCAUAAAUGGUGGAAAACACUCAGAAAGUACUAAAAAUGACAUUGGUAUCGGUGCUUAAUUAAAUGUUGAACCAGGGCUCGGAACCGGUAUUGAAAUACCUGUUAAUAUCGUUUCAAAACCGUUAUAUUAUUUCGUUCAUUAAAAAACCGGUUAAUUGAUGGAACGCGAACUAAAAAAUUACGUUCUCUCUCCUAACCGGUAAUAAGAGGGAACGGAACUUUAUGGUUCGCAGGGAACGAUAUAAUACCGGUUACUCUUGGCUUUCGGAGACUCUCGGUUAAACUCGUUGUCACACGUGAAAGAGAUAGCAAUACUUACUCGUUCUAUCUCGCUUCAAUAUUUUCUAUUUAACCGGUUAAUUUCGUUCCACAAAAACGGAAGGCGAACGAAUUAGGCAUAAAUCAGUAUCUUAAUAGAACAGUUCUUUAACCGGUAACCGCAAACGGAAACGAAAUGCUUUUCGUUCCUGGGUGAAUGAACGAACCCGGUUUGAAAAAUAAAACGGUUUCCGAGCUCUGUGUUGAACUGAAUGAUCAUACUUUAGUUUGUAGUAUAUUGGACUAUAUUUGGGUGGUUUUACGGUAUAGUAUUAUCUGAGCUAGAAACAUUGGCAGCUGCUUUAUCACGUUAUACUUUCGAUUCAUCGUAAGGUCGUGUUUCUAAACCCGUCUCCAGGCCCACCCUGUAUAUUAUUGUGCCUAUAAUUUCUUAUAGGAUGCAAUUCUGAAUCAUAGGAUAUUUUAUUCGCUUCAGUGUCUAUAAGUACUAAGUAGUUUGGUUUUCUUGAUGUAUUGUCGUUUCGAUGUUGAGAGUUAAGAACGAGACAGACAAUAACGUCCUCCACCCUAUCGUUUGAGACGUUUUUUAUUAAGUCCAGUGUUCACUACAAGAGUAAGCCGUUGGUCCACAUCUUGAGAAUAAAUCCGUUGCUGCUACCUUAUGAUAUGGUCAUACGACACUUAAAAUCUCUUUUGGUAUGUAUAGUAGCCAUCAGAUAUAUCGGAGCGGCCAAGGUGUUCACAAUAUCUGAACACGCGCUCUAACGCCUUGACAACAGAGGCGUGUUCAGAUAUUUGCGAGCGCCUUGGCCGCUCCACUAUAUUUGAUGGUGACAGUACAUAAUUAUAGCCAUUUUAUUUAAAAUAUUACGCUACACCUUUUAUUAAUUUGCGUAUUUUUAUAUUAUUUCCUCGUGAUUUUCAGUAGAAUGACCAUAAAAAAUCCUAAAUCUGAAAAUAAUCGUAGUGCAGUAACCCACACGGUGGACACGGUGGUUCUUUAAUGUUCCUGCCGUCAUCUCCCUGCACCGCCACAAUUUCAAACAAUGAAUCGUUUCGUUCACUUAGCUUUCUCUAAGUGGCUCAUUAUAGAAACUUUCAGUAUAGUCCACGUACAAGCUAUAAAAUACUAUAAAUUGUUGAUAGUACCACGUUCGUUCGUUCGUUAAAAUUGCGUGAUUACGGAGUAAUUAAGGUAAAUCGGUAUGUCGAAGCUUUUUACAUGUCUAUCAGUUUUUUGAUUAGCAGGACGGCUGAUGUAGUGGAUGUUGGGUUAAGGGUGCUUUCGGUUAGCUUUGGUAUGAUUUGGUUUAGGUACCAAUGUUCCAAAAAUAUAUUUACACGACCUUACUGUCACUGUUUUUUUAAUGAAAUAUUAUACCUACUGUAGUAUCUGUUAUUUGAAAUCCUACUAACCGAAAGCUCCUUGGGGUAAGUUUGGGUAAGAUCGUUAAGGUUUACCAAACAAAGAUCCAGCCAUCCAACCAAGCCAAGCCAAGCCAAGCUUUCAGCCAAGAUAUCAGCCUUGUCAGAAAAGUACAAGAGAGACGGCUGACGGAAAAGUUGCUGAAAUCGGCUUGAGAUCUUAUCCUUAUCCGAUCUUACCCACAAAAAUGCGCAUAUUUGUCCUUGUAGGCUGUGAAUUUGCCACAAAGUUUUAUAUUAUUGUAAUCUUGUGGCCUAAAUUAGUUGUGUUAAUGUGACAUUGCAUAAUUAUCUGUUAAUUAUACACUACAAUAUAUUACUAGCAUGUUAUUAAUGUCAUUGCGGUCCCAAAAAUCUUAAAAUAAACCUAUUUUGUUUACGGA